CUCUCUCUUUUCUCACCCUAACCCAAAUGGAAUUUUAGAGAGAGAAACUAAGGGUUGGUUCGGUUGCCACCACCACACAGUUGUUUGUUAGUUAUGCUGGUGUGUAAGUGGAAGCUGAGACUUGGUUGUUAUGUUUUCAAUUUGUGCCUCUGCUGCUUUGACUGUCUAGAGGGACUUUGGUUCCCAACAGAUGUGCCCAGUGCAAGAUUGUUGCACCUACUGUAAGCACAAAUCAAAUGCCAUCCCUAAAAAUGAAGAGCAAAGUAAGCGUGAGCUGUUUAACAGAAACAAAGGACCUUCAUGUGUGUUCGAAAUCAAAAGUUAUCGCCAAAAGCCCAUGUUCUAAAAUCAUGAUCUCUACACAGAAGGCUGAAAUAGACACUACUUACCUAGAUGUUUCCUCAAGGACACAGCCGAAAGACAUAGCAUGCGAUCAAUCUGUUGACAGCAAAGAAUUUCUGGAUAAAGAGAAGUCUGAAUCAGAGCACCAAUUUUCUGUUUGUUCUUCUGUCCUGGGAAAAAUGGAACUAACCAACCCCUGUACAGCAAGCUUAGAAACAAUAUUUUCUCCUGCUUUUGAGCCCAUUGAAGAUCAUUCACAACAUUAUACUGAAAAAGAUGCAGGGAGCAUUGGUGAUGCAAACUUGGAAGGACUGGGAGCUGAUGAGGGAAGAACCAUAUGUGGUUAUGAGACAUGUGAUGUGUCUGACUUUUACAUUUCUGACAUGAUCAUUACAAGCUUACCCUUUGGUGGAAAUUCCUUUGAUGAUGAUAUCAGUGAAACCAACUGUCUAUCUGAUUAUGCAUCUGCUGAGCCUUCCAUGUUUACUGCAUCUGAACAGUACAUGAUCCUGCCUGCUCUCGAAGAUGAUAUUAAAGUUGGCUGUACUUCUGAUCUCAUAUCAUUUGAAGAAACUGUGAUGGUUCGAGAAAGUGCCAGUUUGUAUUCGGCAAUGUGUCAGAUAAGAUCCUGCAACCAGGAGUUAGAUGUUAAAAGUGACUUGGAUAAAUCAGAGUGCUUUGAUCCACAAUCAUUUAUCAAGAAUCUACCAGAUCUAUCAGAAAUAGAAGGGAAUGGGCAGCCAACCCUAAUUCCUAAGCAAUCUCCAAGAAGAAAAUCAAUAACUCUAGUGCUUGAUUUAGAUGAAACGCUUGUUCAUUCUACACUGGAACACUGUGAUGAUGCGGAUUUCACUUUUAGUGUUUUCUUCAAUAUGAAAGAAUACACGGUAUAUGUGAAACAAAGGCCUUAUCUCCAUGCAUUCUUGGAGAGAGUAUCAGAGAUGUUUGAAGUAGUUAUUUUUACUGCCAGCCAGAGCAUAUAUGCGAAGCAACUACUUGAUAUAUUGGAUCCUGAUGGAAGAUUUAUCUCUCGUCGCAUGUAUAGAGAAUCAUGCCUUUUCUCAGAUGGAAAUUACACAAAAGAUCUUACUAUAUUAGGUGUUGAUCUUGCAAAAGUUGCUAUAAUUGAUAAUUCACCUCAGGUUUUCCGGUUGCAAGUGAAUAAUGGUAUUCCUAUAAAGAGUUGGUUUGAUGAUCCAUUAGAUUGCGCACUGAUGUCACUACUUCCUUUUCUUGAGACCUUGGCUGAUGCUGAUGAUGUCCGCCCUAUCAUAGCAAAGAGAUAUGAAUUGGUUCCCCUUUCUUCUCAGUUGACAAAUGUGGAGUUCUGUGUUUCUCUCAAAAGGUCUGAAUUGGAAGCCAUCAUCCUUGAUAAUUUCAAUUGAGUUGUCAAGAUUUGAGAGGUAACAAACUAGCUUUCCCGCGUUUUCCAUUAUUUCUUUAAACUUCAAACUAACUUGAUAUAAAUUUCCAUUCAAGAUUAUCCUGUACUGAGUUCUGGUUCAAGCAAUCAUUUUAUAUAUCAACUAAAUUGUUUUCUAAGCUUCCAAGUGAUCAGUUGUAAUGCUUAUCUUGAUAACUUGACCAUUUCCUUCAUAUGUAUCUAGACUUUUAUUGUCAUUGUGGAAAACAGUUGGCACAGGUGGAAGGAGAAUAAUAUAAUUUUGUAAAUAUUCUUGAGUAUCACAUACUUGGCUGUACUGCUAUAUACUUUACUAGAAAUAAAUUUACUAUUAUCAUCCUCUAUAAUGGUACGCGGGUGAUAUAAGAAGUGUCAUUUAUUAGGAUUGCCAUUGGUGUAUAUUAGAAAACAUAAGUUAAGAUUGAAUUACCUGUGUGACAAUGAUUUUACUUCAAUGGUUUACAAAUGGAUAGGAUAUCCCUAAUGCUAUGGCUGACAGCCGGAGGAUGUUGAGUGUUGCCUGCAGUGUUGUAUCUUCCGAUAUAGUUUAUUAAACUUAAAUGUUUUACGCAGCCGUAUCAGUGUAACCCUCUCCAGAGUAUCGACUUAUAAGUCAACCUUAGUGCAGUGGACUUGUUUGAGGUAAUCUAAUAUAACAACUACAACAGGAGGUGAUAUAUUUUAAAAGGACUAAUAUAUUAUUGUCGUUAUAUCAUCAGUAUGCUACAGUGAACAAUUUAACUAUAUGUGAUCGAAUGGAAAUAUUGGAAGUUAAGUAUCUGUGUUUGUGCAUAUGAUAUGAUAUGUAUGUUUAUGUGGUUUAUUCUAGAAGAGAGGUGGUUUUUGGACCUUUUUUAAUCUGCCCGACAGUCCUUUAGGUUUGGAUUAUAAGUUCAUAGACUUGGCCUGUAUUAAAUAGCUGACUAUCACUGCUUUAAUGAUUGUCUGCUAUUCCUUCCUAUCUUCAUAUGCUUUCAUGAUUUUGCAUCCAUUGCCUGCAGGUCUGUGAAGAAAAUUUUAUUAGAUUAUCCCUCUAAUGGCUGUUUGAUAGGUAUGUAAAUUUUGAUUACACAGGAAUCCAGAAGAUAUGUUAAUUAUAUUGCCAUAAUAUUUUAACCAUGUUUCACCUUCCUUACCUGAAGCAAGGCGCUGUGUAAAGUUGUAAAAUCUAACUGGGAAAUUUUAAGACAUUGUUAUUUUCUUUUU